CCAUUCUUUUCUUUAGGGUUUGACACAAAUGGCUUCUUCAACAGCUCAGAUUCACGCUCUUGGAGCCACUUCCUUUGUUUCAACUAAUAAUUCACCCAAAACAGUCUUCUUUGGCAAAGGAUUAUCCAAAUCCGUUUCGUUUUCGCAUCAGAAAUCAUUUUUGAAGCUCAAGAAGAGCAGAACCAAUGGCCCGCUUAGAGUUGUGGCUGAGAAGGUUGUUGGAAUUGAUCUGGGGACGACAAACUCUGCCGUCGGUGCGAUGGAAGGUGGGAAGCCUGUUAUUGUGACUAACGCUGAAGGGCAGAGGACUACGCCGUCGGUGGUGGCGUAUACAAAGAGCGGAGAUAGGUUGGUGGGCCAGAUUGCCAAGAGGCAGGCUGUUGUCAACCCUGAGAAUACGUUCUUUUCGGUGAAAAGGUUUAUUGGAAGGAAGAUGUCGGAGGUGGAUGAGGAGUCCAAACAGGUUUCUUACACGGUGGUGCGUGAUGAGAAUGGAAACGUUAAGCUUGAUUGCCCUGCUAUCGGAAAGCAGUUUGCUGCUGAAGAAAUUUCAGCACAGGUUUUAAGAAAGCUUGUGGAUGAUGCUUCAAAGUUUCUGAACGAUAAGGUCACAAAGGCUGUUGUGACGGUUCCUGCUUAUUUUAACGACUCUCAAAGAACAGCAACCAAGGAUGCUGGUCGAAUUGCUGGUCUUGAAGUCCUUCGUAUCAUCAAUGAACCUACAGCUGCCUCACUAGCUUAUGGCUUCGAAAGGAAGAACAAUGAAACCAUAUUAGUUUUUGACCUUGGAGGUGGUACUUUUGAUGUUUCAGUUCUUGAGGUUGGUGAUGGAGUCUUUGAGGUGCUGUCUACUUCCGGAGAUACACACCUUGGUGGUGAUGAUUUUGACAAGAGGGUUGUUGAUUGGCUUGCUGCAAGCUUCAAGAAAGAUGAGGGCAUUGAUCUAUUGAAAGACAAGCAGGCUCUGCAGCGCUUGACUGAGACAGCUGAAAAGGCUAAGAUGGAACUAUCAACUUUGACACAGGCAAACAUUAGUUUGCCAUUCAUUACAGCCACUGCUGAUGGCCCCAAACACAUUGAUACAACCCUUACAAGGGCAAAGUUUGAGGAACUAUGCUCAGACCUGCUGGAUAGGCUUAAAAGACCAGUUGAGAAUUCUCUGAGGGAUGCAAAGUUGUCGUUCAAAGAUAUAGACGAGGUGAUACUUGUUGGUGGUUCAACACGUAUUCCAGCUGUUCAGGAAGUUGUUAAGAGCCUGACCGGAAAGGAACCAAACGUUACCGUUAAUCCAGAUGAAGUUGUUGCCUUGGGAGCUGCAGUUCAGGCUGGUGUUUUAUCAGGAGAUGUGAGCGACAUUGUUCUUUUAGAUGUAACACCAUUAUCCAUUGGGCUAGAAACUCUUGGUGGUGUGAUGACCAAGAUCAUCCCAAGAAAUACAACUCUUCCAACUUCAAAGUCGGAGGUUUUCUCUACAGCUGCUGAUGGGCAAACAAGCGUUGAAAUUAACGUCCUUCAGGGUGAGAGAGAGUUUGUGAGGGACAACAAGUCUCUUGGUAGCUUCCGACUUGAUGGCAUCCCACCUGCCCCUCGUGGAGUUCCACAAAUUGAGGUCAAAUUUGAUAUUGACGCAAAUGGUAUCCUAUCUGUUACUGCCAUUGACAAGGGCACAGGAAAGAAGCAAGAUAUCACCAUUACUGGUGCUAGCACAUUACCUAGUGAUGAGGUAGAGAGAAUGGUUAGUGAAGCUGAAAAGUUUGCAAAGGAAGACAAGGAAAAACGAGAUGCGAUAGACACAAAGAACCAGGCCGAUUCAGUGGUGUACCAGACAGAGAAGCAGCUGAAGGAGUUGGGAGACAAGGUUCCUGCACCUGUGAAGGAGAAGGUUGAGGCUAAACUCGGAGAGCUAAGGGAAGCUAUAACAGGGGGCUCAACACAAACCAUUAAAGAUGCCAUGGCUGCCCUUAAUCAAGAGGUGAUGCAGCUGGGGCAGUCGCUAUACAACCAGCCGGGUGGUCCAGGGGCAGGCCCAACACCACCUGGUGCGGAGCCUUCAGAAUCAUCAUCGUCAUCGGAGAAGGGACCUGAAGGAGAUGUGAUCGAUGCUGAUUUUACGGACAGCAAGUGAUGUGAGGGAUGAGAUGUUAUUUUUGUGAUUUGUUCCAAAUUUUAUGUGUGGAAAGGGAGGGGGCGCUCUGUUUUAAAUUGAAUGGAGUAUAGGAGGAUGUGGUAGGUAGAAGUUGAGAGAAGUGGUUAGACAGACCCCCCCUUGACUUAGAAGUGAAAGUGAGAAUGAAUUUUGUCCAUCAUUGUUUUACAUAUACUUGAAUGAAAUGAAAUUUUGUUGGUUGGGAAUA